AUGCCAUUCGAGAUCCAACAAUCCAUAUCUAUCGCCAGUGCACUUAGAGAAGGAACUUUGGUUGAUAUUGGAAAAUUCGAUUCGAUCAUCGGUAUAGGACAUUCAUACGGUUCAGCAUUACUUACGGGAGUAUCAGCCCUCUCACCAUCCACAUUCGACGCCAUCGUCCUUACUGGAUUCUCAAACAACGUUACAGAAGCCUACCCUGAGAGGUUUGCGGGUCAUCCAAAUGAUUAUGUGAUAACUCCUUCUCAGACAAAUGAUCAAAUUGAAUUUUUCCAUUAUCCAAAUUACACUCAGGAGGCUUUGGAUAGAUUUACAAGUGGGAAAGGAGAAUUCCCACUUGGUCAACAAUACUCAGUAGAAUUCCCCUUCACACUCAACAGAGAGAACUACACCCACCCUGUCUUGGUGAUUACCGGUGAGAAAGAUGGUGUAUUUUGUUCGGCAGAUUGCUAUAUCACCUCAUUGGAUCCCCCUGCCACUCAAUUGGAUACGACCAAGGUAAUGUUCCCCUCUGUGAACAAUUUCCAGACUGUCGUGAUCAAUGAUACGGCCCAUGGUAUCAAUUCCCAUAAAACCGCCAAAGAGGCUUAUAAGAGGAUCUUCGAGUUCGUGGAUGGUUUGAGUUUGGGAGUUUCAGAGUAG